UUUCCUCCCUUUCUGUGCAAUUCCCAUCAGACCGGUCCUGUAAUCGACAUGCCAGUGCCUGCCAGCUUCAACGAUAUCACCCAAGACCCCAACCUGGAGAACUACAUUGGCUGGGUUUGGUAUGAAAAAGAGGUGCUGCUUCCUCGCCGUUGGCUUCAGGAGGACCUCAACACCAGAGUGGUGCUCCGCUUCGGUAGUGCCCAUUACUACUCCAUCGUGUGGGUCAAUGGAGUCCAAGUUGCAGAGCACGAAGGGGGCCACCUCCCUUUUGAAGCAGAUAUAAGCAGUGUUGUCCAGGGCAGCCCAGGGAUUCCCUGCCGCAUCACUGUCGCGAUCAACAACACUCUGACACCCCACACACUGCCUCCAGGGUCAAUUCAGUACAUGAAUGACAUAUCAAAGUACCCCAAGAACUAUUUUGUACAGAACAUCAGGUUUGAUUUCUUUAACUAUGCUGGAAUCCAUCGCCCGGUCGUGCUUUACACCACUCCUUCUGUCUACAUAGAUGAUAUUACUGUGACAACUACUUCAUCAGAGAGCGCUGCCAUAGUGCAGUAUCAGGUAUCAGUAGUCGGCAGCGCACUCUACUCCUUGUCCCUGAGUUUACGUGAUCAAGAGGGAAAAGUGGUUGCUACAGGUGAUGGGCCAGAUGGAGAGUUAAAAGUCCUGGAUCCAAAUCUUUGGUGGCCUUACCUGAUGCAUGAGAACCCUGGAUACCGCUAUUCUUUAGAGGUAAAACUGCAGGCGCAGGCGAACGGGGCGCUGCUGGAGGACGUCUACACGCUCCCGGUCGGCAUCCGCACCGUGCACGUCACCAGCACGCAGUUCCUCAUCAACGGGAAGCCCUUCUACUUCCGGGGUGCCACGGCCUUCUUCCCUCCCCAGAUCCGUGGCAAAGGACUAGACUGGCCCUUGGUCGUGAAGGACUUCAACCUGCUGCGCUGGCUGGGGGCAAAUUCCUUCCGCACCAGCCACUACCCCUACGCCGAGGAGAUCAUGGAUCUGUGCGAUGCCUACGGCAUCGUGGUGAUCGACGAGUGCCCCGGAGUGGGGAUUAAAACUGCUGAGAGCUUUGGGAACAAGUCACUGCAACAUCAUCUUCUUGUGAUGGAGGAGCUGGUCCGCAGGGAUAAGAACAGGCCUUCAGUCGUGAUGUGGUCAGUGGCCAACGAGCCGGCUUCACAGCUGCCCCCAGCAGCUUAUUACUUCAAGACAGUGAUAGCUCACACCAAAGCUCUUGAUCCCUCCAGACCAGUAACCUUUGUGACAGAUGCUAAUUACGCUCUUGAUCAUGGUGCUCCUUAUGUGGAUGUAAUCUGUGUAAAUAGUUACUUCUCGUGGUAUCAUGACCCAGGCCAUCUGGAGGUUAUUCCACUACAACUCAUGACACAGUUUGAGAACUGGUAUAAAACCUACCAAAAACCCAUUAUCCAGAGUGAAUAUGGAGCAGAUUCAAUUCCUGGACUUCACAAUGAUCCACCUCUUAUGUUCAGCGAGGAGUAUCAGAAAGCUAUGCUAAAACAGUACCAUUCCGUAUUUGACAAAAAAAGGAAGGAGUAUGUGAUUGGGGAGCUCAUCUGGAAUUUUGCUGAUUUCAUGACUAAUCAAGGGAUCACACGUGUGUUGGGGAACAAGAAAGGAUUAUUUACCCGACAACGACAGCCAAAGUCAGCUGCGUUUGUUCUUAGAGAGAGAUACUGGAAGAUUGCAAAUGAAUCAAGCUGUUUUCCUCCUAUAAUAAAAUCACAUAUCCGCUUUCUGUAAUGAAAUCGGAAAGUGUAAUGGUUGGAUUCUAUGCUGAACUUGUUCAUUAAAUUUGUUUGAAUAAUA